AUGUAUGCUUCUAAAGGAGGUUAUUGCACAUCUUCCUGCAGAAAUUCUAAAACAGAUGACAGCUACUUGAAGGAACUGAGCGAGGACCUGAAGUUAAGGAAGAAGGAACUUACAGAUAUGUUAAAACCUCUAGGAGAUAAGAGCACUCUCUUAUUCCAGAAGCUUAUGGCUAACCUGGAGGAAAAACAAAGAAGUCUGCAGAUCAUGAGGCAGAUCAUGGCAGGGAGGAGAUGUGAUGAGUCUUCAGUCAUGGAUCUUAUUAAGGAAGCAGAGGAGAUGAAACACAACCUGGAAAAGAAAAACAAGAUGCUUCGGAAGGAAAUGGAAAUGCUAUGGAACAAGACAUUUGCAUCAGAAGGGCUCCGAGAUCAACAGAAAGCACUCCCUACAAAACCCAAGGCAGAGCUGCAAGAUGGGAAGGCUCUGAAACUCCCCUUAUCACUUAGGAAGGCCAAGAGUGAGCCAGAGAUAUCAGAUGUAGAGAAAGUGGAAAGCAUAACGUCUUUCUUCCACCAGGAAAAGCAACAGAGGAAAAUAGAACGGGCCAAAUAUGAGGAACAACCCAACAUCCUUCAGAAUGACUUUCAUGGCAAAGUGAUUGAGCUGAAAAUUGAAGCCUUGAGGAACUACCAGAAGGCCAACGACUUAAAAUUAUUGUACCUACAACACAAUUUUGAGCCAAAGCAAAGGGCUUCGAGUCUCCUGAGGCCUCAAGAAAAUCCCCGGAUCAAAGAAAAGAACUACACAGAACAACAAGGAACUAGAGAAAGUCGGUCUGAUGAUGUAGGAGAGAGGCUCUUUUUUCUGAGGUCAAUGCCAGAUGAAGCUCUGAAGGAUUAG